AUGUCAUCACUCGCCAGGUUUCUGCGGCCGGCCUUACGGCGGAGCGUUGGUGUUGUACCCCGAGUCUCGCUGUCGACGCGAUCUUAUAGAUUGCCUCGGAAUCUCAAUGCGCAACAAUUAAGAACCUUUUCUGCCUCGCAGCGUCGUUUCACCGAUAUAUCGGAGAUCCCACCUACCCCUAUAACGCACCUAUCCGAGACAGAGGCAGCAAUGCAGGAGACGGUCUCCAAAUUCGCAAACGAUAUAAUUCUACCAAAGGUUCGCGACAUGGAUGAGGCGGAGAAGAUGGACCCAGAACUCGUUGAGCAGCUCUUUGAGCAAGGGCUGAUGGGGGUAGAAAUUCCCGAAGAGUUCGGUGGUGCCGGUAUGAAUUUCACAUCUGCCAUUGUAGGCAUUGAAGAGUUGGCACGUGUAGACCCUAGUGUGAGCGUCAUGGUGGAUGUUCAUAACACAUUGGUCAACACAGCUAUUCUCAAAUAUGGAAGCAACGAUCUUAAGAGGCGGUUCCUCCCAGCACUCGCCACCAACACAGUCGGUAGCUUUUGCUUAAGUGAGCCGGCCUCAGGGUCCGAUGCUUUCGCCCUAAAAACCAGAGCUACCGAGACUGCAGACGGAUUCAAAAUCUCUGGGAGCAAGAUGUGGAUCACGAACUCGAUGGAAGCAAAGUUCUUUAUCGUAUUCGCGAAUUUAGAUCCUAGCAAGGCUCAUAGAGGUAUCACGGCCUUCAUCGUCGAGAAGGAUACUAAGGGCUUCUCGAUUGCCAAGAAGGAAAAGAAGCUUGGCAUCAGAGCCAGUAGCACAUGUACUCUCAACUUUGACGACGUUGAAAUUCCCAAAGAGAACCUGCUGGGCGAAAAGGGCGAGGGUUACAAGUACGCCAUCGGACUAUUAAACGAGGGGCGGAUCGGUAUCGCGGCACAGAUGACCGGCCUGGCUCUUGGCGCAUGGGAAAAUGCUGUGAAAUACGUUUGGAACGACAGAAAACAGUUCGGAAAACUGGUUGGCGAGUUCCAAGGCAUGCAACACCAGAUCGCACAAUCCUACACCGAGAUCGCAGCAGCUCGCGCUUUGGUAUAUAACGCGGCCAGGAAGAAGGAGGCCGGUGAAGACUUUGUUCGUGACGCAGCCAUGGCGAAACUGUAUGCUUCCCAGGUAGCAGGACGUGUGAGCGGUCUCGCAAUCGAGUGGAUGGGCGGCAUGGGCUUUGUCCGGGAAGGCCUUGCCGAGAAAUACUGGCGCGAUAGCAAGAUUGGUGCUAUCUACGAGGGAACCAGCAAUAUCCAGUAA